CUUUGGUGAAUGGCGUGGAUUUUUUCUGAUCGCUGCUGAUUUGAUCGUUUUACAAUGAUGCUGGGAACUAAACCUGUUGAUGCGAUGACUUUGGAGUUUGCUAGUCGACCGAAACGCCUGCGACACGAUUCAGGCAGCCGACACUAUGAUUCAAGUGGCUGUGGUUCGAAGUCUUUGGAGUUACAAGGUGUCAUUAAAGUACUGAAGGAAUAUGACGAUUACGAUGGUGGCGUCAACUGCAGUAUCUGUGGUAAGCUGUACAAGAGUCGUGUGUGUUUCAUCAAGCACAUCUGGGAACACAGUGUUUACUGGGAACAAUUUGAAGGGGCCAAAAACCAAGAGCGCGUCCUCUCAAUACAAGCCGCAUUAAUUCUGUAUUCUGGUUACCAUGGCGUUGCCAUGGACGAUGACAACAUCCUGUCACACCUGAUGGUAACGGCUCCACCUGAGAAGAAAAAAGACGACAAUGGAAAUGACAUUGAAUCUCCAUUAAAGCUGAAGGUAGAAAGGCGGCAGUUAUCUCCCUUGAAGAGGAAAAAAUCAAUGGAGGAAGAAUAAGUCGACUUCUUGAUUGACAUGACCGAAAUGCACAAAUUGUCUUGUAUGACAAUCCAAGAUGCCUUUGUUGGAAUUGACCUUGACUGGAAAAUAUGCUGAUGGAACUAUUGUAGCACUUGGUAUAAACUUUUGAUGAAUGAUGAAGAGAAAGAUGGAACUAUUAAAGAAGGUGGAUUUGAACUGUGCUGUUUUAGAAGUCAAAAAGCCUUGAAAGGAAAGGACGUGUCAGUGGACUUCUGGAUAUAUCCAUGAAGGUUACAGGAGACACUUUGUUUCCAUCUACUUUUCAGAACAUGUGAUAUGCAGCAUCAAGUGAUGGGAAGCAAUGUGAAUAAUUUGCUAGAA